AUGACCCUCACCACAGACUACCACUCAGGCAAAGCCUACGUCCUAACCGGCGGCUGCUCAGGCAUCGGCCUCGCCGUCCUGCACUACCUCCUCGCACGAUCCGCCAUCGUCCACGUCCUCGACAUCUCAUCCACCCCACCAGAACUCCCCUCCCACCUCUCCCAGAAGGAGAAAAACCUCCACUUCUACCCCAACACAGACGUCUCCUCCGUAACCGCCGUCCAAAAAGCCUUCGACCAAAUCACCACCACCACCCCAACCCUCCACGGCCUAAUCAACAACGCCGGAAUCGCCUACCAAAAUGUCGCCUUCGGGUUCGAAUCCGAUGAUCUUUUCAACCGCGUCAUGGAUGUAAAUGUCCGCGGCGUAUGGAACGUGGGGAAUGCAUUCCUCUCGCACAUUCUCCCAAGCGAGGCCGAUCAGCAGUUCCACCCAGCGACAGCGAGAGAAGGCCGAGGCGUGAUUGUGAAUAUAUGUUCAACGGCAUCUUUCCACGCUUACCCGGGGAAUGUGACAUACACGGUGAGCAAGCAUGCCGUGUUAGGGAUGACGAAAGCAUGGGCGGCGAGUUUUGCGGGCCAGGGGGUGAGAGUCAAUGGCGUGGCGCCGGGAGCUACGGAAACGCCUUUGAUAGAUGGUGUCUCGUUUAAGGAUAAGCAGGAGCAAUACCUGAGUCAGGUGCUACUGGGUAGGAGGUGUGCCAAGGCAGAGGAGAUAGCUGAUGCGGUUGGGUUCUUGUUGGGCAAGGAGUCGAGUUUUAUGACGGGACAGGUGAUUACUGUGGAUGGGGGGAGGUACAUAUAG